AAAGAGGUCCUCAAUGCAACGAAUUAUUUCCCAUCCGAAAAAAGUCAUUGCUUUACUUUCAUAGCCCACCCUCAUAAUUCUCACUCAUUGUAUUUGUUGCUUAAAGCUUGCCCCCUUCCCCUUAUCCCCUCUCUCUCUUUGGUCUGUGAAGAGAUAAGAAAACCAACUCAGCAGCUUCAACCUUCCCCAUCUAAAGGGAAUUCCAAGCUACACAACACAACAUCAUAUAGCAAAAAAGAAAGAGACCCACUAGGCCAUCAAAGUCACCGAAUUGAGGGUCACCUUCAGAUCAUGUGCUAGGAGAGCCAAACCACCAAAAAGAUAUAAUCCCACUCUCUCAUACAUGAUCAUGGAUGAAAAUGGGAUCCGCAGGCCGAACUUCCCUCUUCAGCUCCUAGAAAAGAAGGAACAACCUCGUUUCGACCCUGCCGACGUCGACACCAGCUCCAAACCAACCUUGGAAUCUCCCUCCAAGAAACCUCCACCUAAGAGGACUUCAACCAAGGACCGGCACACCAAAGUGGAAGGACGAGGCCGUCGCAUCCGCAUGCCGGCCACGUGUGCUGCUAGGGUUUUCCAGCUAACAAGGGAGCUUGGUCUCAAAUCAGAUGGUGAAACCAUUGAGUGGUUGCUCCAACAAGCUGAGCCUGCGGUUAUUGCUGCCACGGGGACAGGUACUAUCCCUGCAAAUUUCACGUCCCUUAAUAUUUCACUAAGAAGUUCAGGUUCUAGCAUGUCGGCUUCACACUUGAGGAACACUUAUUUCAAUCCAAAUUUUACCACACAACAAUUGAGGACGAGGAGUGAAUGGGAUCAAAGGAAUGUCCUUGACGAUUCAUCUCAACAACAACAACAACAACAACAACGAAGGGUUUUAUUUCCUGGUGUUGCUUUAGCAUCUGAAGAUUCAUUGACCUUUCCUGGUACUAGUAGCACUACUUUGAACGCUUUCUUGCAAGCUAAGCAAGAGAUUCGGGACGCCAAGGCCGCGGAUACUAGUAUAGGGAAGAGGAGGAGGCCUGAGCAGCAAGAAACGCCACAAAAUCAGGUGGGAAGUUACUUGAUACAAUCUAAUACGGGUUCGAUUCCGACGAGUCAUAAUCCGAUCCCGGCGACAUUUUGGAUAGGCAACCAAGUCAUCAGUGGGAGUGGCACUGGGGAUCCCAUGUGGACAUUGCCUUCAACUAAUAACACUAAUAUGUAUAGGGGUACUAUGUCUAGUGGGGUGCAUUUUAUGAAUUUAGCCGCUCCAAUGGCUCUCCUCCCUGCCCAACAAUUUGGUUUGGGAAUAGGUGCCGGCGGUGGCUCAGUUACCGACACUCAUUCAAGCAUGCCGGCGUCACUAAACGCUUAUAGACCAGUUCCGGGUAUUGUUGUUUCUGAGCCCCCGGGCGGAGGAUCACAUCAACACCACGGUGGAGAAAAUAGGCAUGAUUCAACUAGCUAGUGUUCAACAAGUGUAUGGCUUUCAUCAUGCUUUAUUCUUUUUAUUAGUUUUUGUUAAAAUAAAAAGAUUAAAAUAUUUUUAGAUAAUAUAAUUUAUUUUAAUUACAAAAAAAUAUUUUUAUAUUUAUCUUAAUUGAGUUGAUGCUCGAUUGACUCAUACAAAUUAAUUAUAAACUUAAAUAAUAGUAUAAAUUAAUAAUAUACAUAAAUUCAAUCCGACUCAAACAUGUCGAGUUGGCAUUUUAUUAGCCAACAGCAGCACCAAGUAGGUCUUAAAGUUGUUUUCUAAAUCAAAAUUUUUGUUGUACAAAAUAUUCUACUCAAUUUGGCCUAACAUUUAUUUGCAUUUGAAUUUUCUUCUCUAUAUAUUUGCUUGACUUGGCCAUUGCAUUUUUGGACACAAAAUUUUUAGAGUCAAUUUCGAAGGCUUUACAAAAGGUUUUUUUUUUUUAAAAAAAGAAAUUUAUAUUAACAAAAGAAAAAAGAGUAUAAGGUAGAGAAGUCAUAGGAAAAAGUCUUAAAAGAGAAAAUGACCCACUCUUCUUCUUUCAUUCGGCCAUGGAUAUAGAAAGUGAUGAUGGAAUUUUCUUUAUUGGCUUCAGCCAGCUUUUUUCUUCCCAAACAGUUAAUCUGUCAAUUUUUUAAAUCAAUUGUUUUAUUAAUUCAGAUAAAGUAACAUUUAGUUGUUGGAUUGGAAAUU